GUCGGUGAACGCCAACGGGUCGGCCGCUAGCCUGGUGGCUAAGAAGGCCAUCAAUCGAGGCCGAUGGACCAAAGAUGAGGAUGAGAAGCUUAAGCGCUUGGUCGAGUUGCACGGGGAACGAUGGGACUUUAUUGCGUCCCAUUUCACGGAUCGGGCCGAUGUCCAAUGUCAACACCGUUGGCACAAGGUGGUAAACCCGGAUCUGGUUAAAGGGCCGUGGACCAAGGAAGAGGAUGAGCGCGUAGUCGAACUCGUCCGGAAAUACGGUCCUAAGCGUUGGACCUUGAUUGCUAAGCACUUGAAAGGCCGCAUCGGGAAACAGUGUCGGGAGCGAUGGCACAACCAUCUAAACCCCGAGAUCAAGAAGACGGCCUGGACUGAAGAGGAGGAUCGCAUCAUUUAUAACGCCCACAAGCAGUGGGGUAAUCAAUGGGCCAAGAUUGCCAAGCUGAUCCCGGGACGGACGGACAACGCCAUCAAGAACCAUUGGAACUCGACCAUGAAACGUAAAUAUGAAGAAGAAUCGUGCAGUGAUGCGGCCAAGAACCGCAAAGCCAAGAAAGUGACCACCAGUACCACGGUCAAGGUCACGCCCGGACCCAUGCUCUCCCAGACUUUAGUAGAGGGUGGGAAUGCAUCGGGUCUUAUGACCAGCCACGUGAGCUACGGCAACGGGGGCACGCAUUCCGUGACUGCCUCGGUGUCGUUCAUUCCUUGCGGCCCCAUACAUACCUCUGUGAUGCGACCCGUUCAUUUGUCGGCCAGUGUAAGCGGCAACGACGGGAACGGCGGCGAAGAGCAUCAUACCAAUGGCCACCAUCACCAGCACAAUAACUCGUCGCAGCCUUUGUACAACAAUAGUCACAAUGGCCAUACUUGGUCGUCCACCGUCCAGAGCCAAUGUUCCGAUACGCCCUCGCAACCCUCGCCCAACUACGUGCAAGUGAAUGCGGCUAGCACCGGCACCACCAAUUCUCUAGGCGAUAGUGGUUGGGUGAUGGAGGAUGAGGCGCAUCAUCGACCCCGUGAAUACGACCUUUUCUCGCCUCUGAAGUAUCUCACAGCGCUUGAUAGUGGCCCGAAUCUGCAGGAGAACAAGGCCAAUCAAGGCUUGAUAGAUAAUUCAUUGGGAGUUGGACCGCUUCAUGGCACAGAGUUCACUGAGGCAGAACACGAGUUCUAUGGAACUUCACCCUUGGCAACGGACACCACGCCUCAUAUCCUAAGACGAAAUCAUGGCUGCACCAGCAUUACUUUGUCACAGGGCAAUCUGAUCAAGCGACGCAAAUCAGAGUUCUCCGACAGUGGGCGUGGAAGUAUGGUUUAUGCCGAAGACGUGUCCUUUGAUCAAGGCAACACUUCUUUGGUCCAUGGCAUUCCGACGGCACAAUCCACUCCAGUCAUUCAGAGGCGAUCCAAUCCGUCAUCCGGGUUGAGUACGCCCAAUAAUUCCCAGCUACACACGCCCAAAGGGCUCAAAGAGAGCCCGGUGAGAGGCCAACGACUCUCCGAAGCACCCCGGACUCCGACGCCGUUCAAGAAAGCUUUGGCCGAUGUCUUUCAAAGAAGAGAGCCUUUAAGUCGAACGCCUCAGACACCGACCAAGCUCGUUGAGGAUAUCACGGAACUGAUGAAGAGAGAACAGCAUAGCGAUAUAUCGCAGGAAAUGAGUUACCGAUCGUCGAAUCCUUAUAUGUCUGGCAUGAACGAUAGUGGAUUUGGUGAACAUCGGCUGAAACUCAGUCAAGGUCCGGGUGAGCCGGAUAAAGAGAACACGAGUCCACCCAAUAAGAAGGCUCGAAAGUCUUUGGCAGCAAACUGGGCUCCUCAAGACCUGUGUCGUGCGGAAGAGACCAGUUUGACCCAUCCGGAAACUCCCAGUAAGUCGUUGGCCGGUGACAGUUCAAUGUCAUUCACUCCGCCAUCUAUUCUGAAAAACACGUUGAGUGGUGCAGACGAUGCUCGCAGUCUGAACAGUGCUGAGAAAGAACUCCAUGAAUCAAGAAGUCAAUAUAGUGCUAAUUGCGGUCUAAUGCACGGCCACAACAGUGUUAAUGCGGGAAGUGGUGGUGAUCAUAGCACAGAGCAGCAGCAUCAUCACCACCAACGAAGUAGUGGUUCCAGUGUUCACAAUAUGUCGCUCUCCGUCUUGGAUUCGUCCAAUCUCUCUUGCACGUCCCCGGAGCCCAACUCCAAGUUGGGUUUGAAAUGGAACAUGAUUGCUUGUGGAAAAACUCGUCCGGCAAUGGAUCUGACGGAACAAGCGCGGGAGUAUUUGAGCACAAUGAAACCAAGAUCCCUUGACCUGUAACCCCUGCCCCUUUGCAUAUAUAGCUUUUGAGUUCACUUCAAAAGAGCUCCCCGGUAAUGAAUUUACUUCUACUGUUGCUUCAAGAACGAGAAACGUUUUCCCAAUU